AUGCCCAGACCUCUCUCAGCCGUGUGGAACGCCAGAGACUUGAGCCGCUGGAACACUGGAGGUCGGACAAGCGGACGGUCCGAGUGUGCCAAGACUCGGGGCAAAGAGCUGGGUCGUUCCCGCUCCACAGUCCCGGAUGUUGGCAGCAAAGUCAGCAUCCCAGAAAUAAUCCGGAAGAAGCGGGAUGGUGAGAAGCUGCAAGAGGAGGAGAUCCGUACCUUUGUCCAAGGGGUGACAACAGGCGCCAUGAAGGAUGGGCAGAUCGGGGCAAUGCUUAUGGCCAUUCGACUGCAGGGCAUGGAUGCCGAAGAGACCCUGGUGCUGACUCGGGAGAUGGUUGCGUCAGGGCGAAUCUUGGAGUGGCCUGAGAAAUGGCGAGGGAUUCUGGUCGACAAGCACUCCACUGGGGGGGUCGGUGACAAGGUCAGCCUGCCUUUGGCCCCAGCUUUAGCAGCCUGUGGAUGUAAGGUGCCCAUGAUCAGUGGCCGAGGCCUGGGCCACACCGGAGGCACGCUGGACAAGCUGGAGUCUGUGCCCGGCUUCAAGGUCUCCCAGAGUCCCGAGCAGAUGAAAGAGAUCUUGGAAACGGUCGGCUGCUGCAUCGUGGAACAGAGCCGAGAGCUGGCGCCGGCAGACAAGGCCCUCUAUGCGCUGAGAGACGUCACGGCCACUGUGGACAGCUUGCCUAUCAUCACAGGCUCCAUCUUGAGCAAAAAAGCUGCAGAGAAUAUCUCCGCCCUGCUGCUGGACGUGAAGUUUGGCAGUGCGGCCUUCUACCCCACCCUGGAGAGUGCCCAGGAGUUGGCAGAGAGUCUGGUGUCAGUGGGGACACAGCUCGGGAUGAGCUCUGUAGCCGUGCUCAGCAGGAUGGAUGAGCCCGUGGGGCAUCGUGUGGGGAACUCCUUGGAAGUGCUGGAGGCCUUGGAGUGCUUGGAAGGACGAGGCCCUGGCGAUCUCCGAGAGCUGGUCACCACGCUAGGAGGCACCUUGCUGUGGCAGUGCGGGAGAGCGGUCUCAGUGCCUGAAGGGGUGACCCGCAUUGCCCGCGCCCUGGACGACUGCUCAGCGCUGCAGACCUUCCAGGCGAUGCUUCAGGCCCAAGGAGUGGAGGCUGCCGUAGCACAGGCCCUAUGCACGGGCUCGGAGGAGGAACGCUUUCAGGUGCUAGGACGGGCCGCAGUCCAGGAGGAGCUGGUGGCUCUGAAUGACGGAACCGUUCAGCAAAUUUUAGCCUUGCCUAUUGCUCAAGUGGUCCACAGCCUGGGAGCUGGACGUACCCGGCCCGGACAAGCCAUCAAUCACCGCGUGGGGGCUGAGCUGCUGGUUUCCGUGGGGCAGCCCGUGAGGAAAGGGUCUCCGUGGCUCCGGAUACAUUACGAAAGCCCCAAACUGAGUGAUGGGGACCGGCAAGACCUGCAAGCAGCUCUGAUUGUGGAAGACCCUUUUUCUCCCCGCUUAAAGGUGGUCAAGACUAUCCUUCCGCAAACGCCUCUGAAAGAGACUGGAUCAGGGGGGAAACGGGAGAGACCUGAACCAAAACAGGAGUUGCGGGGCACCAAACCACCAUCUGGCUGA